AUGGACCCCAGGGGCAUCUUGAAGGCAUUUCCCAAGCGGAAGAAAAUUCAUACCAAUCCAUCAUCAAAAGCACUUGCAAAGAUUCCCAAGAGGGAAGACGGAGAAGCAGCAGGAGAGUGGCUGAGCUCCGUGCGGGCGCAUGUUGUACCCACUGGCAUUGGGCGAGCCCGGGCAGAACUCUUUGAGAAGCAGAUUGUCCAGCAUGGUGGCCAGAUAUGCCCUGCCCAGGCCCCAGGGGUCACUCACAUUGUGGUGGAUGAAGGCAUGGACUGUGAGCGAGCCCUCCGCCUCCUUAGACUGCCCUGGCUGCCCCCAGGUACUCAGCUGGUGAAGUCAGCCUGGCUGAGCUCGUGCCUACAAGAGAGAAGGCUCGUGGACACAGCAGGAUUCAGCAUCUUCAUCCCCAAGAGGUACCUGGAUCAAGCACAGCUCAGCAAAGCAGACCAAGACUCUUCUACUCCUCCUGGAGCUAGUGAGGCUCAGCUCAGGACAGCCCUCUCUCCUUCCCCUCCAAGCACCAGACCUGUAUCUCCUUCCUGGAGGGCAGAGGAAGUCGCAAGCCUCCAAGCACAGCCCAGCUCUGGUGGUGAAACCAGUGAUGGGGAAGAGACCCAGGUUGGCGCAGCUGAUCUGGAAGCCUUGAUCAGCGGCCGCUACCCAACCCCCCUUGAGGGAGAUGGUGAGCCUAGCCCAGCCCCUGAGGGCCUGGAUAAGUGGGUCUGUGCACAGCCUUCGAGCCAGAAGGCGACCAACUACAACCGCCACAUCACAGAGAAGCUGGAAGUGCUGGCCAAAGCCUACAGUGUUCAGGGGGACAAGUGGAGAGCCCUGGGCUAUGCCAAGGCAAUUAAUGCCCUCAAGAGCUUCCACAAGCCUGUCACCUCCUACCAGGAGGCCUUCAGUAUCUCUGGAAUUGGAAAGCGGAUGGCUGAAAAGAUCGUAGAGAUCCUGGAGAGCGGGCAUCUGCGGAAGCUGGACCACAUCAGUGAAAGCGUGCCUGUCUUAGAGCUCUUCUCCAACAUCUGGGGAGCUGGAACCAAGACUGCCCAGAUGUGGUACCAUCAGGGUUUCCGGAGCCUAGAAGACAUCCGAAACCAGGCCUCUCUGACUACCCAGCAGGCCAUUGGCCUGAAGCAUUACGAUGACUUCCUGGAUCGCAUGCCCAGGGAGGAGGCUGCAGAGAUUGAGCAGACAGUCCGGGAAGCAGCUCAGGCCUUCAACCCUGGGCUGUUGUGCGUGGCAUGUGGUUCGUACCGACGGGGCAAGGCAACCUGCGGUGAUGUGGACGUGCUGGUCACCCACCCGGACGGCCGGUCUCACCAGGGCAUCUUCAGCCGCCUCCUGGACAGCCUCCGGCAGCGAGGGUUCCUGACGGAUGACUUGGUGAGCCAGGAGGAGAACGGCCAGCAGCAGAAGUACUUGGGUGUAUGCCAGCUCCCGGGGCCGGGGCGGCGGCACCGACGACUGGACAUCAUUGUAGUUCCCUACAGUGAGUUUGCCUGUGCCCUGCUCUACUUUACUGGCUCUGCUCACUUCAACCGCUCCAUGAGGGCUCUGGCCAAGACCAAGGGCAUGAGCUUGUCGGAGCAUGCGCUUAGCACAGCUGUGGUCCGGGACACCCAAGGCCUCAAGGUGGGGCUUGGCCGAGUACUGCCCACCCCCACUGAGAAGGAUGUCUUCAGGCUCUUAGGCCUGCCCUACCGAGAACCAGCUGAGCGGGACUGGUGA